AUUGUGCUCUGUAGUCCCCACCCCCAUUCUGCUCGCCCGCGUCUUCGGUGGAGUCUUUUCUGCAGGGGUGGGGGCCUGACUGUUGCUUAGUCCUGGCCGCAGGCAGUCCAGAGGCGAGAUCUUCGGCUAGGGGCUAAUUUUCAGGGGAAGAAGUUAGGGACAACCCUGAAAGGACAGUCGUGAGUUCAGUUCUCAGGAGCUAUGGGGACCUCCCACCAGGCCUUCCUGGCCCUCAGCUGUCUCCUCACGGGGCCGAGCCUCGUCUUCUGCCAGCUCUUAUUACCCUCUAUCCUCCCGAACGAGAAUGAGAAGGUUGUGCCGCUGAAUUCCUCCUUUUCUCUGAGAUGCUUCGGGGAGAGUGAAGUGAGCUGGCAGCACCCCAUGUCUGAAGAAGAGGACCCCAACGUGGAAAUCAGAAGCGAGGAGAAUAACAGCGGCCUCUUUGUGACGGUGCUGGAAGUGGUCAACGCCUCGGCGGCCCACACCGGAUGGUACACUUGCUAUUACAACCACACUCAGACGGAGGAGAGCGAGAUUGAAGGCCGGCACAUUUACAUCUACGUACCAGACCCAGACAUGGCCUUUGUGCCUCUAGGGAUGACGGAUUCCCUAGUCAUCGUGGAAGAGGAUGAUUCUGCCAUCAUCCCUUGUCGCACCACAGAUCCGGAGACUCAAGUAACCUUGCACAAUAAUGGUAGGCAGGUGCUGGCCUCUUACGACAGCAGGCAGGGUUUCAACGGGACCUUCAGUGUGGGGCCAUACGUCUGCGAGGCCACCGUCAGAGGGAGGACGUUCAAGACCGGCGAAUUCAACGUUUAUGCUUUGAAAGCAACGUCAGAACUGAAUCUUGAGAUGGACGCACGCCAAACCGUGUAUAAGUCAGGGGAAACGAUUGUGGUGACCUGUGCUGUCUUUAACAAUGAGGUGGUUGACCUUCAGUGGACGUACCCUGGAGAAGUGAGAAAUAAGGGCAUCACCAUGCUGGAGGAGAUCAAACUCCCAUCCAUCAAACUGGUGUACACUCUGACGGUCCCCAAGGCCACAGUGAAAGACAGCGGAGACUACGAAUGUGCUGCCCGGCAGGCCACCAAGGAGGUCAAAGAAAUGAAGAAAGUCACCAUUUCUGUCCACGAGAAAGGUUUUGUGGAGAUCAAGCCCACCUUCGGCCAGCUGGAAACCGUCAACUUGCAUCAGGUCAGAGAAUUCGUGGUGGAGGUGCAGGCCUACCCCACUCCCAGGAUAUCUUGGCUGAAGGACAACUCGACUCUGAUUGAGAAUCUCACCGAGAUCACCACCGACGUGCAGAAGAGCCAGGAAACGAGAUAUCAAAGCAAACUAAAGUUGAUCCGGGCUAAGGAAGAAGACAGUGGCCAUUAUACCAUCAUAGUUCAAAAUGACGAUGACGUGAAGAGUUACACGUUUGAGCUGUCAACUCUGGUUCCUGCAUCCAUCCUGGAGCUUGUGGAUGACCACCAUGGCUCUGGUGGGGGACAGACUGUGAGGUGCACAGCGGAAGGGACACCUCUCCCGGACAUCGAGUGGAUGAUCUGCAAGGAUAUUAAGAAAUGCAAUAAUGAUACUUCCUGGACAAGUUUGGCCAGCAAUGUCUCAAGCGUCAUCACAGAGUUCCACCGCCGCGGCAGGAGUACUGUGGAGGGGCGAGUGUCCUUCGCCAAAGUGGAGGAGACCAUCGCAGUUCGGUGCCUGGCAAAGAAUGACCUUGGCACUGGGAACCGAGAGCUGAAACUGGUAGCUCCCACCCUGCGUUCUGAGCUCACGGUGGCGGCUGCGGUGCUGGUGCUGUUGGUGAUUGUGAUCGUUUCCCUCAUUGUCCUGGUUGUCAUCUGGAAGCAGAAGCCACGCUAUGAGAUUCGCUGGAGAGUCAUUGAGUCUAUCAGCCCCGACGGACAUGAGUAUAUUUACGUGGAUCCGAUGCAGCUGCCUUACGACUCCAGAUGGGAAUUCCCAAGGGAUGGGCUAGUGCUUGGUCGGAUCUUGGGAUCUGGUGCAUUUGGGAAAGUGGUUGAAGGCACAGCCUAUGGAUUAAGCCGGUCCCAGCCUGUUAUGAAGGUUGCUGUCAAGAUGCUUAAACCCACAGCGAGAUCCAGUGAAAAGCAAGCUCUCAUGUCUGAGCUGAAGAUAAUGACCCACUUGGGACCGCAUUUGAACAUUGUGAACUUGCUGGGAGCCUGCACCAAGUCAGGCCCCAUUUACAUCAUCACCGAGUACUGCUUCUAUGGGGAUUUGGUCAACUAUUUGCAUAAGAACAGAGAUAGCUUCAUGAGCCGUCACCCAGAGAAGCCAAAGAAAGAGCUGGACAUCUUUGGACUGAAUCCCGCCGACGACAGUACAAGGAGUUAUGUGAUUUUAUCUUUUGAAAACAAUGGUGACUAUAUGGACAUGAAACAAGCCGACACCACACAGUAUGUCCCCAUGCUCGAAAGGAAAGAAGUCUCUAAAUACUCUGACAUCCAGAGAUCGCUGUAUGACCGGCCAGCCUCCUAUAAGAAGAAGUCUAUGCUAGACUCAGAAGUCAAAAACCUCCUUUCAGAUGAUGACUCCGAGGGUCUGACUUUGCUGGAUUUACUGAGCUUCACCUAUCAAGUUGCCCGAGGAAUGGAAUUUUUGGCUUCCAAAAAUUGCGUCCACCGGGACCUGGCUGCCCGCAAUGUCCUUCUGGCACAAGGGAAAAUUGUGAAGAUCUGCGACUUCGGCCUGGCCAGAGACAUCAUGCAUGAUUCCAACUACGUGUCAAAAGGCAGCACUUUCCUGCCUGUGAAGUGGAUGGCUCCUGAGAGCAUCUUCGACAACCUCUACACCACGCUGAGUGACGUCUGGUCUUACGGCAUUCUGCUCUGGGAAAUCUUCUCCCUUGGUGGCACACCCUACCCUGGCAUGAUGGUUGAUUCUACUUUCUACAAUAAGAUCAAGAGUGGAUACCGGAUGGCCAAACCUGACCAUGCCACCAGCGAAGUCUACGAGAUUAUGGUGCAGUGCUGGAGCAGUGAGCCCGAGAAGAGACCCUCCUUCUACCACCUGAGCGAGAUCGUAGAGAAUCUGCUGCCUGGACAAUAUAAAAAGAGUUACGAAAAGAUUCACCUGGACUUCCUCAAGAGCGACCAUCCGGCUGUGGCCCGCAUGCGCGUGGACUCUGAUCAUGCGUACAGCGGGGUCACUUACAAGAAUGAAGAUGAGAAGCUGAAGGACUGGGAAGGUGGCCUGGACGAACAGAGGCUGAGUGCAGACAGCGGCUACAUCAUCCCCCUGCCAGACAUUGACCCUGUUCCGGAGGAGGAGGACCUGGGCAAGAGGAACAGACACAGCUCGCAGACAUCGGAGGAAAGUGCUAUCGAGACCGGCUCCAGCAGUUCCACCUUCAUCAAGAGAGAGGACGAGACCAUCGAGGACAUCGACAUGAUGGACGACAUUGGCAUAGACUCCUCAGACCUGGUGGAGGACAGCUUCCUGUAGCCGGCAGGCUCGGGGGGUGUCUUCUGCUUCUGGAGCCUCCUCGGGACCCCUUUAAGAAAACCACUUCAUUGCAAUGCAAAGAUUGGGAAGAGGACUUGGGUGAUGUGGGAAGAGAAGGGCCCAGCGACAGGCCUCAGGGAGCCUCUAUGAGUGAAUGGGGUACUUGGACUGAACUUUGUCCGCAUUGCCUCUUGCAAUGCGUCAGUAGCAUCUCAGCGGUGUGUGAAGUUUGGAGACGGAUGGACAAGGGAAUAGCAGGCCACAGAAGACGAGCUUCGUGUUUCCAGGGCCUUGGUGAGGCUCCCACACACGCGAUCCGUGCUGCACCCCAGCUCCAGCCUUGUACUUAUGUAAAUAACUCUAACCGAGGAUGUGUUUAGGUUUGUGUUCACUUUUCCUCCAUGGACUUCUGAAGAGACCACUCAAUCCAGCCAUGUACUUCCCUCUCGGAAUCCGGUACCAGCUGCUGUUGAACUUUCUCAUGAAGUACAUGCAAAACCACUUUGAACCUUGAAAGGUACUGGGACCGUCCUGUUUUACUGUCUUGUUAGUGUUAAUGAGGCAAGAGAUGAAAACUAACCGACCUUGAGGAAUAGAUUUGGGUCUUUUAGGAGCCCUAGAACUUCUCCGUAUAUUGUAAUCUAUACUUAUAAUACUACUACUGUUAAUAGGAACGCUAAAUAUGUAACCCAUAACAUGAUUUCCCACCAGAGAAAGCACAAUUAAAACAAAAGCCCUUACUAAGUAGGUGACAAGUUUGGCAGUUUUUGACAUUUAUAUUAAGUAACAUGUUUCUCAGUAAAAUAUAAUAGCUUUAGUGGAUUAAAGUUAGCAAACACUAGAGAGCGGAGUAUAAGUAGUGUCGUCCAGAAGUCUUUGAUACUGUGUACUAAGUAGUGUUCUCCCUAAUCCAAGGCACUAAAAGCAGUUAAUCACCUCUGAAGUAAUGGGAUUAGAAACAAGCAAAGCGGAACCCCCGUGUCCUAAAUGCUCUCCGUAUAAAGGUUUAAGCCUGGGCCCAGUAUGGCUUCUCAUGCUGUGACCUUGUGGAACUGGACCGUCCACAAAAGGACUCAGAUGGGUAGAAGUUUCUUUUAUGACUGGUGAUGACUUUGAUGGAUCCCACCCAUCCCUUCUUUUUAAAUCUAUGACCUUUUAGGAUGCUUCAACACCAGCACCUCAUUUUCCUUCCUCUCUUGUCUUAAAGGGAACGAGCUGGAGAUGCCGAAACCACAACAGUGCUGUGGAAUGAAGCUUGUGUGGGCAUCAGCUUGGUUCUGUAGUUCCCACAGUUAACGGCAUCUGCAGUCUCUAGCCCUGGGUUUUCACCCCAGAGAUCUGGAAUUACUGGGUCUGAGGGGAGCAGGAACCUAUAUAUACUUUGAUAAAAUCUUUGGUGCUUCUGCUCAGCCCUCGUUCGGAAUCACUGGCUUGGGUUACAGAGGGUUGCCGUGGGUGCAGAUUUUGAAAUUUGGAACUGGGCUAGAAGGCAACUGUGCAGGAAGGCUACUAUUUAAGCCCCUGGCUUCAUGUCAAUAACAUUUGAUGCCACGUAUGUAGCAAUUCCCAUCCUUCAUUUGAGUUUCUAGGCUUAGCUGAGGCUGAGAAAGAAAGCAAAAUCUUGGUUUGGGCGCAUCUUUCAUUAUUAGACAAUGUGGGUACCACUUCCCACUGGGUGGGGGAACCUGAGCUUGCCCACCUCCAAGCAUGCCCACAGAUGAUGCAACUCUGUGUGCCAGGCCCUUGUACAGUUGGCUCCGUAUCUGGUGGAGAAGAUGAAAAAGUUUUCCUGAUUUAGGGGGGUUUAGCUGGGUGCCGUAACCAUCCAAACUGUCAAACUGGCUAGUGUGAGUUCAUUGGCAUUCUCUGCAGUGUGCCUAAUUGCUGACUCUGUAUGAAUGAAACAUGGGCUGUGAUUACUGCAAUCACUGUGUUGCUUCCAGCAGGUGAUGCUUUGGAAGCCACGGAAGCAGUGGCAAGGUGCUUGCCUGCCUACUGGUACAAUCUCCGUGCAAACCCCAACUUUCCCGUUUCACAGGAAGUGCGAAGACUGAGCCAGAUUGGCCACUUAAAAAAACAAAAACCUGACUAGAUUCUUUAGAGCCAAUUAAACAUGAAGCACGUUCGUGUUUCUAGAAUCUCAGCUCAAGCGUUCUGUUUGUCACCUGUUCGUCCAGCCUUGUGUUUGUUGGUUCUUUCUCCUCUGGUGUUGCUUUGGGCCUUGCAUGACACCAUGAGGUUGGAUGAGCAGUUCCUGUCCUUAGCUGUUCUCUUCUCUGAGAUUGAAUGGGAAUUCGUUUGUUUUUGUUUUUAUGAGACAGGGUCUCUCUAUGUUGCUCUGGCCGUCCUGGAACUCACUAUGUAGACCAGGCUGGCUGUUAACUCUCAGAGAUUCAUUUGCCUCUGCCUCCCAAGUGCUGGGAUUACAGGCAUGCACCACCACACUCGGCAGGAAUGCAUCUUUAUUUUUAAACAGUGUUUUGAGUGUCUCCCUGAUUCAUUUCCUUUAUGGCCUCCCGCAGAGUCCCCGGAAGAAAAUUUACCAAUCUUUCCUGCUUUCUGUUUUAACGAUGACAAUCAAAGCUGGCCCGAGGAACACAAUUUGUGGCUUUUUAAAUGAUCAAUGAUGUCCUGAAAAUGUGGUCUGCCAACCUGUACAAAAUGGUCCUAUAUUUGUGAAGAGGGACGUAAGAUAAAAUGAUGUUAUACAUCAAUAUGUAUAUAUGUAUUGCUAUGUAGACUUGGAGAAUACUGCCAAAACGUGUAUGACAAGCUGUAUCACUGCCUUUGUUUAUAUUUUUUUAACUGUGAUAUUCCCCACAGGCACAUUAACUGUUGCACUUUUGAAUGUCCAAAAUUUAUAUUUUAGGAGGAAUAAAGAGAAAAAUACUUCCAUGCUCCCCAAAUGGUGGUGUGUUGAAUGUGUGAGAGGAGCGAGCUCCACGGGAGGCUCUGCCGACACCAGAUGGCUUCCAGAUACCCCUGUUCGUGUUGUUUUAAAGAGUGUAAAUGGAGAUCUUUAUAUUUCAAUAAAUGAUUUAUUAUAUAUGAUUUGAA